CACACGUCGGAACAUCUUGCACACGCCCGCUGGACUGCGUGCCAGCCGCCUUCUCACUUUGCCUUCCCCCGUUCUCCUACUUACAGUCUACCCACAUCCUAUCCAUCCUGCAGGCCCAGCACCAGCGCCCCCUUCCCCUCUUUCGCUCUAACUUAUCCUAUUUCCCCUGUUCACCGUAAACAUGCCACUUGGAUACCUUCCCGGCCCUAUCCGCACGCUCAAGCUCAACCGCAUCACCCGCGCCCUCCUGCUCGUCGGCUUCGGGCUCACGUUGCUCUACACUGGUCUCUCGCUCACCACCUCGCCCGCCCGCGCGCCGCACCUGCUCUCGUCCGUCUCUGCGUUCCUCACCUCUCCCAUCAAUGGCGGCGCACCCAACGCCACCGCGUCCGCGCCCGCGAUGCCGCGGCCGACGGAGUACGACCCGAAGCUGAUCCUCGGCGAGACGCACAACAGCGAGUACGCGGGCCUGCCCGUGGGGUUCAACGGCACGCGCCGCGCGAACGCGACACUGCUGAUGCUCGCGCGGAACAACGAGCUCGAGAAGGCGAAGCAGAGCGUGCGCGACCUCGAAGAGAAGUUCAAUCGCCAGUUCGGGUACCCGUGGCUCUUCCUGAACAACGUCCCGUUUGAUCAGCAGUUCAAGGAGGAGAUCAGCGCGCUUGUGUCAGGGCCCGUAACCUUCGCGCUUAUCCCGCCGCAGCACUGGUACCAGCCCGACUGGAUCGACGAGGAGAAGGCGAGCGAGAGCAGGGACGCGAUGGUCGAGCAGGAUAUCAUCUACGCAGGGAGCGUGUCGUACCGGAACAUGUGCCGCUUUAACUCGGGCUUCUUCUACCGUCACCCGCUGCUGCAGCAGUACAAGUGGUACUGGCGCGUCGAGCCCGACGUACACUUCCACUGCGUCGUCGACGAGGACCCGUUCCUCUACAUGGAGGAGCACAAUAAGGUCUACGGGUUCACGAUCACGCUGCUCGAGUUUGAGAAGACGAUCCCGACGCUGUGGCCGGCGGUGAAGGCGUUCGCGGAGGAGAACCCGCAGUACGUCGCGCCGGACAACGCGAUGGGGUACCUCAGCGAGGACGGGGGCGAUACGUACAAUCUGUGCCAUUUCUGGUCGAACUUCGAGAUCGCGAACAUGGACUUUUGGCGCGGGGAGGCGUACACGGAGUUCUUCGAGUACCUCGACGCGAAGGGCGGGUUCUAUUACGAGCGCUGGGGCGACGCGCCGGUGCACUCGAUCGCGGCUGCGCUGUUCCUGCGGAAAGACCAGAUCCACUUCUUCGACGAGAUCGGGUACGAGCACCACCCGUUCACGCACUGCCCGCACACCCCGGGCACGAUCAAGAAGAAGAAGUGCACGUGUCGCGGCUGGAGGAGCUUUGACUACCAGGCGUACUCGUGCAUGCGCAAGUGGGAGCGGAUCUUCAAGUAGUCGAAGGGCUUUGAUGGAUGAAUACUAGUAGGGUGGUG